UGAGAUGCAAAACAAGGUCAGCGCGAAUCGAAAAAGAGAGAGGUAAAAACAAGUGGAAUUGAAUGGUUUUUAAUUGGCUUCGCUAGACGAGAAGUUCAAUGUAGAUGUUUGAAUUAUGUAUACAUCACGUGUAUUCUUGAUAUUAGGGGCAAUAGAAUAUUAUAUAUCAGUUUGCAAACCUGAAGAUCAGAAGGAUUUUGGAGUGCAUAUUUGCCUCGUUGCUGGUGAUGUUAAAAAUGAAACAAAAUUACAAUGGGUAUCUACGGCCAGCACUAAUCACACAUGUUCUCUGAUUGUUAAUAACAUUACAAGCUCUGCAAUUUACGAAAAUGUGUUGCCGAAUGAUACAAAAACUCUAGAGGAUUUAUCUAUUGAUGUUCAAUACCAAGUCAAGAUUGAUUGCUGUUCAUAUUAUCGCCAUUAUGAUUGUAACAAUUCCGCUGGAAAGCAACUGCAGUCAAGCAUGUUGAUAUUUACACAAGGUACUAUAAGUAGUCAAGAAAUUAAAUGCACAGGUGGUUUCACUCAACAUUUUGAUUCUCAAACAGAUCCUUUAAUAAUAUGUACAGUACAGCAACAAAAAGACUUCACGUUAAUUGAAUGGCAGAGAUCUUUAGAUUAUAUAAAAUGCAGCAUUAAUUACAAGUAUUCUGACAGAGAGGCCCAAAAAGAGCUCGUUGGACCGUUUGGUUACCGCAUGAUGCCAUAUACAGGGUCAGAUUUAACAGUGCAACUUGAGUGUGUUAACAUAACCAAUCAUGCCACGUCAGCCACUCUUCAAGUGUUGUCAGGUGUUAGGGACAAAGUGUGCUCAAAUGAUGUACAUGUCAAAGAACAACCAGAUUUAACAACGAACAGGGUUAAGAAGGUUCAAGAAGAAUCGUCUCCGAAAAAGAAAAAUUUAAAUGAUGUAGUAUUAGGUUUACUGAUGGCAGCAGCUUUUGUAGCUCUUCUGAUAGUGCUCAUGGUCAUUGCCUACAGACAGCGCACAAACAUACAAGCAAGACGAGCUGAUAGACCUUUGCUAGAACCAUCGCCAGUGGACGAAGAUGAAGAAGGAUCUUCAAGAAUGGCUGAAGUAUCUUUAUAGCAAUUUAUUCACUGUUUUCUUAUAUUUUUCUAAAUUAUUUUUCUCACUUUAUUCUUACCUACUGAAAAGAAAGGAAGUCUAUUUUAAGGAUAUAUUUCUUGUUAAGGGCAUAUCAGUAAUUCAUUAAAUAUAUAAACAUUUUAAAUUGAAGUUUAUAAGUAACUCAUUUUAUGUAGGUUUUAUAGCGGCUCGUAAUAAGGUGAUGCAAUAUAGAAUCUUAUCAUUAUAGUCAGUAUUUAAUAUAAAAAAUACAAAACAUUUAAACGAUCAGUGAAUACAAAGGCUUUGUUUCCGACAUUUUAAUUUCCAAUCUAAUAAAUACCUGCCCCCACAGUCUCAAUGGAUUCCAGCAUGCUAAAAUCAUGAAUAAUUUUUGCACUCAAAAUGCAACAGUUUUCGAUUUCUUUAAAUUUAUAAACAGUACGAUUCUUACAUCUCAACUUUUCUGCAUUCAAAAAAUGUUCAAAAAUGUUGGCAGUACAGUAGUGAUAUUAACGAUUCAUAGCCAAUUACAGUACUCGGUGGGAAGUUAAAGUAUAAAGCUCUGUACAGACUAUCAAAUUUUAUUUGAUGCCUAAAUAUGGUCAUGAUGACAUCACAUCAUGACCUUAUAUAGACACAUCAUGACUAUAUAUGGGCAUACAACAGCCCUGGACAGGGCUUAAAGCUAAAUUGGAGUGGAUCAUAUCUUGUGUUGCAGCGAGGGACGUGCCACAGCAUUAUGCUUCAAAUAAUGAGCCAGUGCUAAAGGUAUUUUUUACAGUAUUGGAAGGGUGUAAUUUUUCAGUCGCAGUAGAAACAAGUUUAUAUGAUGUAAAAGCCAAAUAAAUCUGUAAUAUUUAAGAUGCUCUCAUUUUCUGUACUGACAGACAGGAUUCAUUCCAGAAUAUAGAAUAUGAUAACUUUUUGGCGAGUCAUUUUUAAAUAAAUGUUGAUAUUUUUAUCAAUUUUUUGUUUAUAAUGUUUUAACAAAUAAUGUAUUAAAUAUUGAAAAUUUUGAGAAUACAAAUUAAUUUUAAGAAAUGAAAAGAUUGUAACCAUAAUUUGCUAAGUUUCCAGAAGACUAAAUUUAAAGAUUUUUAAAGAAAUAAUUUAAUUGUAGUAUGGAAAUUAUAGGCCUACAUUCAACCCCCGAACAUGUUGUCAUUGGGGUUUUUUUCAUGCCUUGAGUCAAUUGUUUUUUGUGGACAGAUCCAGAUAUAAAAAUCACAAAAACAAUAAUUAUCAUGCCAUUACCAUUAAAAAAUUUUUUUUUAUAUGUCACACCUUCUUGAUUCCUUUUGUUUUCUUUGAUAUAUCAUAAAUGAACUAGUAAACACCGUGACAUUAUACAAUUUUGGCUUUGGAAAGGUAAUAAUUUGAUGGGGGCACUUCUACAACCUUUAACCUUUAGUAUUAUUCAUUUCACAAGAAAUCUGUUGUAUUAAAUAGUUUCUUUGAUUUGAAAAAAGAAGUGGCAUUUGAAACAUGUUUGGUGCUAUGCUUAUUUGAUCAUUUAUGGUAUCAAAUGCAAAUUAGUAUUAUUAUUAUAAUUUUUAUUACAGUUAAUGUUUCCUAGUUGACAUUGCCUAACUCAAAAUUUUUUUUAUCCAAGUCAAACAAUUUUUCAAUUCCAUUUUGGAUUCAACUUAGGCAAGUUCAACUGUAUAAUUGUUUUAUUAUUAUUAUUACUACUAGGUCACUGGUAUCGCAAUUAAAACUCAUCUGUAUUUUAAUGAAUUAUUGGAAUAUUAGUUAAAAACUCAACAUAUUCUAUCUUUAAUGUUUUUACUUUUUAAGUCCUUGCACUUAUUAUUCUGUUCAAGAACAAUAUAUAUUUUUGUAUUCAGAUGUAUUUUUAUCACUGAUAUUAUUUUAUUGAAUUAAUUUAAUGAUUUAUUAAGAAUUUACACUCAAAAUACAAUAUAGUAUAUCAGUUAGGGUUAUUUUAAAUAUUGCUCAAAUUUCAUUGUUCCUCAGGGUUUAGGCCUACAUCUUGAAAAGAAGCCCAUGGACUACUUUUCCAGGCUAAUUUUGCAAACUGAUGAGGUGGGCUUUAAUUUGAGAUGGCUUCUUCUCGAGAUUAAGCUGAAUGAUUUAUUAUGAAUUUACACUCAAAAUACAAUAUAGUAUAUCAGUUAGGAUUAUUUUGAAAUAUUGCUCAAAUUUCGUUAUUCCUCAGGGUUUAGGCCUACAUCUUGAAAAGAAGCCCAUGGGUUACUUUUCAAGGCUAAUUUUGUGAACUGAAGAGGGUGGGCUUUAAUUUGAGAUGGGCUUCUUCUCGAGAUUAAGCUCAGUGGGCUUCAAUUUGAGGUUUCACGGUAUAAUAAAGUGCAAAGUCAUAGGCUCUAAGUUGGUGUAGGUUUAACCCCAAACAUGAGAGAGUUUUGUGGAUUGGGUUGUGAGAGGGUGAUUAUUUGUGUCAUUCAUAUAUCAAUGUUGGUUCUAUUACAAAAAAAUAUUUUACUACAUUGGUUUAUUGUUUAUAUUAUCUCAUUAUUACUACCUAUAUGAAGUUCAUCACUGUUGAUAAUAUUCUGUAAAUGUAAAAUAUAUAAAAUUAUAUUUUUAAUAUUUGCAAUAUUCUUAUCAAUACUGCCAUGUCUGCUUUCCUUCUAAUUUUUUUGGUGAUUUUUUUAACUUUAUAGUUUUUUUCUUGAAAAGUAUACCUUUUUAAUAUUCUGAAGUGCUCUAAUGCAAUCUUGUUAUUUUAUUAAAUUGGUUUUAAAUACUUUUUAAUUUAAAAAAUAGUAAUUAAAUGCUACUUUUGUAGUAUUUCGUAAAGAUAUUACUUUAUCGUUGAACACCACCCACUCUGUAGGUUUUGUAAGAUGACAUGGAAUCCCUGUACCUGGGGGUUUUUUGGUGUGAGUGCCAAGUUUUUAACCCUGACUUUUCAUAAACAAGAUUGUUCAUAACUGUACCACAGACAUUUCAUAAUGCAGACAUUUUUAAGCCAUAAACGUCCGGGUUACGAAACAUCUGCAUCAGAGUUACGAAAAGCCUGGGUAUUGAAAACUUUGUACGACAUGUGUACAAAUGUACCUACAAUGUACUCUCCCCUCCCCCAUGUACAAAUGUACAUAAAUGUACUCUCCCCUCCCCCAUGUACAAAUGUACAUACAAUGUACUCUCCCCUCCACCAUGUACAAAUGUACCUACAAUGUACUCUACCCUCCCCCAAUGUACAAAUAUACCUACAAUGUACUCUCCCCUCCCCCAUGUACAAAUGUAUCUAAAAUGUACUCUCCCCUCCCCCAUGUACCUAGAGAAUUAUAUGCUGCAACUUAGACUAGAAGUUGAAGAAACUUUUUUAUGAUUGUUCAUGUAUUGUAAUGAUUUAGGCAUUUAUGAUAACUUAUAUCAAAAUCUUUCAAAAGUAAUAAGUUUUUAAUAGCGCAAGUUUAAUUUAUAUCAAUAUUGUUGGUAAAAUUAUGAUUUUAACAUUUUUGUAAAUUACUCAUCAUCAUGCAUUAAUAAUAAACUAUAUGAUAGUAGACCUUUCCAGUGUCAAAUUUAAAACUGACCAAUCAACAAGGACAGGAAUACAUGCAUGUCUCACAAACACAUCAUGUUCUGUCCCACAGAUGCAGUUGUUUGCAUAUGGUUUACACUGCAGGGACCUUAAUAUAGCAACAAAAUCCAAGGGAUGGGGCUUAGUGGAAAGGUCCAUUCAUUGAUAUUUAGGCCUACUGUUUUAUUGAAGUCUGCACUGAAAAUAUAUUAAAUAAUAAAAGUUAGAAUAAGUAAAUGUUUUCCUCACCAAUUAACAGUAAAUAAUGCCUUCUCUUUUUCAUAAACCCUUAUUUAUUAUUUUAUUUUGUUGAAGUUAGUAGGAACAAGUAUAAGAGUGGAGUUGAAUAGUUUUCAAACGUGGGUGGGGGCACAACAUUUUCUUAGACAAGCAAGUAGCGAUUAUUUCCAUACAUAACAUUGAUAUACAUUGAAAUUUUAAAAUGUUUUACCAAAACAGUCGGCAUGUGCCCCUGAGCUGUAUCUGCACCUGCCUUCAUAUUCCAAGGUUCCUGAGUUUUAAUUCUGUGACAGCUUUUUUUCUUAUUUCUAAAACAGGUUAUCAAACCUGGGCCCUGUGGGUGAUACCAGUAUAAAUUUAGGGUAGCGUUAAAUGAUAUAAUUUGAUGUACAUAAUCUGUAGAUGUCCAUAAUGACAUAUGUAUUCCUUGGUGUAUUACUGAAAUUUUAUUACUGUACUUUGUUAUUGUUGUAAAGAUGAUUAGGCAAGUAAAAAAAUUUGCAGUUCCUCCCGGCAUUCUUCCAUUUUGUGCUUCUAUUCCCAGCUUUGCAAUCUUUAUUUUUUGCUGGAAUUACUUAU